AUGCGUUCAAGAGCCAAAUCAUCCUCUCCGCCUCGACAGCGGAGGGCUUUGCAAGAGCGAACGUCCGCGCAUACGAAUGAAAGAUCGCCCACGCGGUCAUUGCGGAUGGUUUGUGAGAAGGAGGAUGCUGAUGUGGAUGUGUAUACGGCCACACCCUUCCCAACCAAACCGGAGCAGAUUUUCCUGCCUGCCCCUGGCAAAGGACAGCGGGAAUACCUUCCAGAUACACGGUUUAUGCCGGGGCCUUCGACAGCUACUUGGUCUACAACUUCCACCAGUUAUGGUGCUCGGAGCAGUAUGCUGGAGCAUUCCACCAGCGAGACUUGGGAUGUCUCGUCGACUGUUGAUACCGGAGACAUGUGGGAAGACGAUCCAAAUCUCACAUCCAGCAAAACCUCUUUACCGGAGGCGUCAUCGUUCAAAGCCGUCCAUAGUCUGACGGAGGAGGACUCCGGCUCUGAAUAUUCAGAUGACGAGAUGAUCGUCUUGCCCACAGCUACGCCAACAAUCAAACCAGUACUCUCAGAACCUCCAACAUCACCUCCAUCACCAGGAGAACGGGAGCAAACUACCAUUGGCAGCUCCAGUCCCAACGUCAUGCCCAUUGGGGUUCCAUCAAGCCCUAACUUCAUGACUCUCAACAACUCAAGCGCCAAUUUUUCCUCCCGAGGCAGAUCCUACUCGUUCUCGGAUCCACGGGCAAACUCGCUUUCUUCAUAUAACUCACACGGGACGGUUGUGAGACACCCCGGUGCAGCCCCAUGGAUCUAUACGCCCUCGUCGGAGCAAGUGAGUUCGGGCUCGCAGUCUUUCCGGUCAACUCCACCCUACCAGUCCGUCACAUCCUUCCGCUCCUGGUCUAGACGUCCUUCUGGCAGUGGUGGUAGCCGGUCACGCUCCGGAACCUCAUCCUCGCGCAGUCUUCGCUCGGUAGCCGAUCUCGCUGCGGCAAUAGAAAGCGGCAUCCAAAUCCAAUAUCCCCGGAUUCGUGCUGCAUCAUCCAGUUCCCGGGCAGAAACAUCCGUUUCCACAGAUCACCACCGGGAGUUUACACCUGGCCGAGACUUCACUCCCGGUCCAGCCUCUGGCCGUUGGAACCCUCAUCUGUCCCGAGUAUCUUCUGUUUUCUCCGCAGAGGAAAUCAUGGCCCAAACCCCACCGCCGGAAGGACCUUCAGAUAACACAGAUGAACCCGCUGUACCAGCAGCUGCAUUGGUAAAAACAAAUACCAGAUCCACCGUGUGGCUUGUUCGGAACUCCCAAGAAGACCAGCGCGAGGACAGCCUGACAAACCUACCCACUCGCCCUAGCAUGCCCACGAGUCUCUCCUCCGGCUCAAAGAGAAGCGACAGCUCCCGCAGCCUCAAGCGUUCCGGGACAGCCACCAACACAAUCAUGCACAUCCUGCCUGCCUGGGCGAAGAUCUACUACCGCGCCGACGCAAUGGGCCUCAAUUCCGCUCUAAACAUGUCCAUGUGGGACCUCAGCCGACCAGGUUCCCGGCCCGGGACAGGCAACUCCAGUAUCUUCGGUAUGAUGCCCUCCCCACUCAACCUUUCUCGCCCCCGGUCUCCGGAAAGACCGCGUUCCCCCGAACGCGCCCGGAUUUUCCAACGGCGCGUGGACAGCGAUCCCCGCGACCCUCGCUCCCACUGGGUUCCCGGUCCGGAUCCACAGGAUAUCGAGAUCGUAGGCACGCCGCGCAACCGCCUGCGCCACAGCUGGUCUCCGCACCUGUAUCAGGACAGACGUCUGAUUCAGUAUUCCGUCAGUGGAUGGAAGGCCCCGUCAAUAGACACAACCACAGAGCCGACGUGGAGCCGGCGCAAUGUUCAAGUAUACGCCUUCUUAGUCGGAUUUAUCUUCCCGUUCUCCUGGAUCAUCGCGAGUUUCCUCCCACUGCCUAGACAGCCAAAAUUGCCAGGCGAGAAGGGUGAUCCAGAUACAGACGUUGAGUCUGCGCUUGAGACGCAGUUGAUGAGUCUGCAUCAGCGGCGGUAUGAGAAUGCGCGCUGGUGGAGGAAUCUUAAUCGGUGGAUGGUGUCGCUGGGUGUGGUGAUUUUCGUCGUUAUUAUCGCGCUCGCUAUUAUCGGUACUACCAACGGCUUUUGA